AGCAUAUAUGAGGUCUACGAAAAGGCCAAGGUCCGCGGAGAAAAGAUCAAGCGCCAAAAGUGGACUCAGAUCGCCUUUGAGUAUACUGUUUACACUUUCCUCCUCUGUUUCAUCUACUUUGUCCUGGUCGGCAUGCCGUUAUGGCGUGGAGCCGUUUGGUGGCUCUUUGUGGCGGUUCAGGAGAAAAUGAUUGUUGCUGGAGGAUAUACAAUCAUGAUUGGUGUGGCUGCCUUAUCCACGGACACUGAUCAGUCUGUUCGUGAGACGGCGUUGCUCAUCCCCUGUUACAAAGCCGCCAACAUCAUCGGGCCAACCCUCGAAGCAGCCGUCAAGAUCUUUCCACCUCAGAACAUCUUUGUCAUAGCCAACGGGAACUCCCCUCAGCCUCUUGACAAUACCGAGGAUAUCUGCAAGCCCUACGGAGUGAACCACAUCUGGUCUCCAGUCGGUUCCAAGAUUGUCGCCCAAUUCGUUGGAUGCUAUGCGGCAAAGCAUUUCAAGAAUGUUCUCCUGAUCGAUGACGACUGUGCUCUCCCCCCAAACUUUCCCAUCGUCGGCGAUCGCCUUCGAGACAAAGUCAUGUGCAUUGGCUAUGCCAUCAAAAGUGUUGGGCCAAAUUCCUCCAGGGGCACAUUAUGCCAGCAGGCACAAGACCUUGAGUACAAAAUCUCGGGUCUACAAAGAGCCUUGGCCGGGAAAAUCGGCAGUGCAACAUUUCCCCAUGGUGCAAUUUCGCUCUGGGAUCGAAAGUUCCUGGUGCAGACGUUCCACGACCAUGUUGGCUUCUCAGUAUCUGAGGACUGGUUCAUGGGCCAUAGUUGUCGCAGGCUUGGAGGUCGCAUUCAGAUGUGCACCUCUGUCUUUGUCGAGACAGAGACUCCAUCAGCCAUCUUUUUCAGCUCCGGUGGAAGCCGAGGCGGUUUUGGGGAGAUGACAGUCUUUAAGCAGAGGUUCCAUCGAUGGAACUUUUUCUUUGUUAAUGGUGUGUGGUAUAACAUGGCCUAUAUCCUGGGCAGCUGGAAACUUGAGUUUUGGGAGAUUGGAACGAAAAUCUUUGUAUUUCAGGAGGUAUGUCCUACUUCACCAAGGUGA